CCUUUCAUAUUUUUGUUGGGGCAAAGAAGUUGAUACUAUUUUUCUUAUGGAUUUUUUUCCCCUUCUAUUUUCCAUCAAUCCAAACAUAGUGGCAAGGAUUAAGUAGAAUUUUACCAUUUAUUUUAUUUAUCAUAUAAAUUUAAAUCUUUUUCUUAAAACUCCUUCAGGUCUUCGACGCAGUCAAUUUCUCUGUCUUUCUUUCAGCGUGUAGAACUCAAGCAAACAAAGAAUCUAUCGUCGCGCUUGUUAUUGAAGCCAUCAAAUUAACUCUUUUGCUAUGGCUAAUAGGCACACCAUAAUUCUGAUGCAGACUUCACAAAAUAAAGCUACUAGAACUUUUAUGGAUUAUGAUUCAAUAAGUCAAGCUAUGGAUGGUAUAUGUGGACUCUACGAAAGAAAGCUUAAGGAACUAAAUCCAGCUAGCAGAAAUAUCACUUAUGACAUUGCAGAUCUCUACAAUUUUAUUGAUGGCCUUGCAGACAUGAGUGCUCUAGUUUAUGACCACUCAAUUAAAGCAUAUCUGCCAUAUGAUAGACAGUGGAUAAAACAGCGAACAUUUCAACAUCUUAAGAAAUUGGCACACUAAACAAGACACAUGCUGAUAUAAGUAAAUUUCUGCCGAUGUUUUAUGUAGAAUUAAAUCCAGCUGGAAGGGGAUAGAAGUGAAGUGCAGAUUUGGAUCGUCAUCUAGGUUUGGCCCUUGAUCUUAAUGUUGUCUAAUAUGAUUAUUGUAUCCUCUUUCUUUCUGGCAUAUAUGUGCGUAUACAAUUCGUAACACCAGUACUCUACUUAAGUUACUGAUGAGAAGCUAUUGUUGUUUGUUUAGUGAAUUUAUAUAUUGGCGAACAAUAUUCUUGACAAGGCUUGAUCUGGAAAAUAUACUGUACUGGUGCAUAUGCAUUUGGGUUCCUGUUACUUGAAACA